ACUUACUCACUGAACUUCUUGCUAUUCCACUUCUCUCUCUCAUCAAACCGCCAUUUUUAAUGAUCGAAAGCUUCAAUACAAGAACAAAUCUUUUCUCUCUUCUUGAUCCAAAUUCAAUACAUUUUUAUUAUUUUCCUUCAUCUUCUUCUUUCUUCAUUCUUCAUUCGCCAUUAAUCCAUGUCUCCCCCUGUCUGGUUUUCUUGUUAUUAUCAUUUACUCUUUACCUGUUUAUGUUUCUUUCUAAUAAAUUGUGACGCUUUCUCUUCAACAGAAGUUUAUGCUCUUUAUUCAUUCAAGGAAAGAAUAUAUGAAGACCCAUUAAUGGCAUUACAUAAUUGGGACUCUGUAAACACAGACCCUUGUAAUUGGUCAGGCGUUUCCUGUUCUGUAACGCACGAUCGCGUUUUCAAAUUGAACAUUUCUGGAUCUUUGUUAAAGGGUUUCCUUGCUCCUGAAUUGGGUUUAUUAUCAUCAUUGAAAAAACUGAUCUUGAAUGGAAACAAGCUCACUGGCUCAAUACCUAAAGAAAUUGGGGGUCUUAAAUAUUUGAGGGUUUUGGAUUUGGGAAUGAAUCAGUUCAUGGGUUCAAUACCAUCUGAGCUUGGAAGUUUGAGAAGACUUGUCAAAUUAAAUCUUGAAUCGAAUCAAUUGACGGGUAUGUUACCUAAGGAGCUUUCGCAAUUAAAGCACCUAAAAGAAUUGCAAUUGGGAAGGAACAUGUUUGUUGGAUCUGUUCUUGAUGGAAAGAAUAUCACUCUAUUUCAAUUGAAAACUGCUGAUUUCUCUUACAAUUUCUUCAAUGGGAGCAUACCAAAGUGUUUCGAUUACCUUCCAAGAUCAAGCUUUCAAGGGAAUUGCUUUCAGAUCAAAGAUAUCGUUCAACGCCCUUUGAUUCAAUGUGGAGUUCCUAUAUCAUCGAUAGAGAAUGAAGAUGUAUAUAUAUCUUCUAGUUCUAGACCAAAAUGGCUUCUAGUUUUGGAAAUAGUUACAGCAACCAUAGUGAGUUUUGUGUUCUUCGUGGCUAUCCUAAGAACGGUUAGAGGAUGUCGGAGUAAGUCUUCGGUUGUUGUUAUCCCUUGGAAGAAACCGACUAGCGAUUGUGAGAUUUUGAAGGAUGUGAAGAGAUUUAGCCGCCAAGAACUCGAAGAUGCUUGCGAAGAAUUUAGCAACAUUAUUGGAUCUUCUUCGGAGAGUAUAGUGUAUAAGGGUACCAUGAAAGGAACCUUGGAGGAAAUAGCCGUUGUAUCGGUUUCUAUCGAGGAUGAUCAAUGGACAGGAUUUCGCGAGCUUUGUUUUCAAAGAGAGGUGGCGGAUUUGGCGAGAUUAGAUCAUGAGAACGUAGGGAAACUUAUAGGUUAUUGUAGGGAGAUCGAUACUAGUUUCUCGAGGAUGCUUGUUUUUGAGUAUGCUUCAAAUGGGACGCUUUACGAGUAUCUCCAUUGCGGAGAUGGAUGCCAAUUAUCUUGGUCGAGACGAAUGAAGAUAGUUUUAGGCAUUGCUCGAGGACUCAAGUAUCUCCAUGGGGAGAUCGACCCACCUUUUGCUAUUUCCGAUCUCAAUUCCAAUGUUGUUUAUCUAACCGAUGAUUUUUCACCCAAGCUGGUUGAUUUUGAGAAUUGGAAGUCAAUUGUUUCGACUUCCGAGAAGAAAAAGAAGUCAUCUUCACGUUUUUCCGGUAUAGUUUCAAAUUCGUUGGAAACAAGACGACGACAUGUUGGUGUGAACGAGAAUGUAUACUCAUUUGGUUCACUUUUAUUGGAGAUAAUCAGUGGACGACAUCAAUAUUGUCCGGUUAAAGGACUAUUGGUGGAUUGGGCUAGUGAAUUUCUUGAGAUGCCCGAGGUAAUGUCGUAUGUGGUGGAUCCGGAGGUGAAGCAUUUUCGAUACGAAGAUGUUGAAGUGAUAUGCGAAGUUGUUUCUCUUUGUAUACAUCGAUCUAGAAUGGUUUCGAUGGAAAAGAUUUGUGAAAUGUUGGAGAGUAGAAUUGUUGUUAAUUCGACGAAGAACUCUCCUUUGGCAUGGGCUGAGCUUGCUGUUUUAUCCAACUAAACUAAUGUAAAUUUUGUGUAAAUUCUGUUUUUUGACUUUUGUUCUUAUUUGCAUGGAGAAAAUCUUCAUUUUGGUUGUGUAUUUGUUUGUACACUUCAUAGUGAAGAAGAGUUUAUUCAUCUUCUGUUA